AUGAGUGAAGCCUUGCUUGCAGCAGGCCGGUCCGGCGGCUGGCAUCCACAAUUGCUCGGUGACUCCCUCCACACGCUGUGGGCGGCGCAACUCGGAACGCCGGACCGCGAUGCAGUGCCUGCUCCGACAGGAUCUACUGUGGCUGCGCGACACUUUGGAAACCAGUCUGCGCUCUUUGGCUUCUCAGAGGGGAAGGGGGUGCCUGGGCCGUCGGACGCGCGGCUGUUUGCUAUAUAUACCCGCAGCUGCGUAGGGCAGGUCACACUUGCAUCACCAGCCGACAACAUGCACACUCUGGUCGUCCUAUCAGCAUUGUUGGCCGCCGCCUCGGCCGGGUACCUGGGAGGGUACGCCGCCCCCGCCAUCGCGGCCGUCCCGGCGGCGUCCUCCAUUGCCAACACCUACAGGGUGUCCCAGACCGCACGCGUCCUCGCUGCUGCCCCCGCAGCCUACGCGACACCUGCCAUCGCUGCCGCCCCAGCCAUCGGCUACGCCGGUGCCAUCGCCGCCCCCGCACUCGCCGCACCCGCCAUCGCUGCUGCUGUCCCUGCAGCAUCUUCCAUUGCCAACACGUACAGAAUAUCGCAGACCGCCCGCGUCCUGGCCGCCCCCGCCGCCUACGCAGCCCCCGCAGUCGCCGCCGCCCCUGCCAUCGCCGCUGCUCCGGCCAUCGCUGCCGCCCCCGCUUUGGCUGCAGCCGUUCCUGCAGCGUCUUCCAUUGCCAACACCUACAGAAUAUCGCAGACCGCCCGCGUCCUGGCCGCCCCCGCCGCCUACGCCGCCCCCGCAGUCGCCGCCGCCCCUGCCAUCGCCGCUGCUCCGGCCAUCGCUGCCGCCCCCGCUUUGGCUGCAGCCGUUCCUGCAGCGUCUUCCAUUGCCAACACCUACAGAAUAUCGCAGACCGCCCGCGUCCUGGCCGCCCCCGCCGCUUACGCCGCCCCCGCAGUCGCCGCCGCCCCUGCCAUCGCAGCCGCACCAGCUCUGGCUGCAGCCGUUCCUGCAGCGUCUUCCAUUGCCAACACCUACAGAAUAUCGCAGACCGCCCGCGUCCUGGCCGCCCCCGCCGCCUACGCCGCCCCUGCAGUCGCCGCCGCCCCUGCCAUCGCCGCUGCUCCGGCCAUCGCUGCCGCCCCCGCUUUGGCUGCAGCCGUUCCUGCAGCGUCUUCCAUUGCCAACACCUACAGAAUAUCGCAGACCGCCCGCGUCCUGGCCGCCCCCGCCGCCUACGCCGCCCCUGCCAUCGCCGCUGCUCCGGCCAUCGCUGCCGCCCCCGCUUUGGCUGCAGCCGUUCCUGCAGCGUCUUCCAUUGCCAACACGUACAGAGUGUCACAGACGGCCCGUGUCUUGGCCGCCCCCGCCGCCUACGCCGCCCCCGCCCUGGGCUAUGCACGCUACGGAGCUCCCGCUCUGGGCUACGCCCGCUACGGAGCUGCCUCUCUGGGAUACGCCGGUGCCCUCGCCGCCCCCAGCCUGGGGUACGCACGGGCCAUCGCCGCCCCCGCCAUCGGCAUCGCCCGCUACGCCGCCGCCGCUCCAGCACUGAGCUACGGAUACGCUGGGUAUGCCUCCUCUGCCCUCAGCUACGGCUAUGGCGCCCGUGCUCUUGGUCUCGUCCACUAG